AUGUAUUCCACCACUUCUUAUAUUCAACAAUCAACUGGUUAUUCAUCAUUAGUAUCCUAUGCACAUAAUCAUCAUUAUUUUAAUGCUUCCAUUAGUAGUAAUACACCCUCAACUAGUCGUAACUCAACACAUUUAUUACCUUAUAGUGGUUAUAAUACUGAUUUUGAUUUAUUAUCACAUUCAUAUAGUACCAAACAAUCACAAAGAGAGGAUGAAGAUGAUAAUCAAUCAAUAUCUUCAUCACUGGAUAACACAAUGAAUGGUACAUUAAUACCAUUUAAAAAACGUUCACGUAGUGUACCAGCUGAAGAAAAAGAUACUACAUAUUAUGAGAAACGCACUCGCAAUAAUGAAUCAGCAAAACGUUCACGUGAUGCAAGACGAAUUAAAGAGCAACAAAUUCAACAACGUAUUAUUUUAUUAGAACAUGAAAAUUUACGUUUAUCAAUGGAAAAUCAAGCUAUUGGAUAUCAGCUUUCUCAACUUCGUACCUUAUGCGAUAGAACAUCAAAGUCAUUACAAUAA